CGUUCGGUUCGCAUUUUCACUCCUGCCAAGCCCGCUACGCAAUCGGGAAAGAACAACACACGCAUUUGGAGAAUUGAUUUCGAUAUUGUGGAAGAUGCCAACCGUUGGGAAAACCCUUUGAUGGGUUGGGCUUCCAGUGCCGAUUACCAACAAUCUUUGCAAAUCAAGUUCUACUCCAAGGAGUCGGCCAUUGAGUUCGCUGAGCGACAAGGUUGGAACUACUAUGUUCAGGAACCCAAGAAGUCCAGCUUCGUCAAGAAGGCCUAUGCUGACAACUACAAGUACUCGGCCGGCAAGUUGAGAAUGAUCAAGACCAAAUAG